AUGUCUACUCCUCGAUCCACCAUCUCCAAGAACAAGACCCCCAUCGCAAUCGCAGCAGCCCUCGUCUCAGCAGCCGCCGUCGUCACUCAACUUUACCGCAAAUCCACAGCCAAAGCCGCAGCCAUGUCUCUCCCCCUCCACCCCUCGCUCAACAACGGCAUCACCAAGGGCAGCGCCAACUUCUCUGGUGGCAAGCUCCGCUGCAAGUGCUCUUCCAGCCCCGUCGAGGUGACCCUCGCCGGCAACGUCGCUCACAACCACGCCUGCGGCUGCUCCAAGUGCUGGAAGCCUGAGGGUGCCAUCUUCUCUGUCAUCGGUGUCAUCCCUAAGGAGCAGGUCAGCGUCACCGCCAACGCCGACAAGCUGUACAUUGUCGAUGAGAGCGCUGCCAUCCAGCGACACGCCUGCAGCGGCUGCGGUGUCCACCUAUACGGUCGUAUUGAGAAGGAGCACCCUUUCAAGGGUCUCGACUUUGUCCACACCGAGCUGUCUUCCGAGAAGGGCUGGCAAGAGCCUCAGUUCGCCGCCUUUGUCUCUUCCAUCAUUGAGCAGGGCUUUGAUCCUUCCAAGAUGGAUGCCGUGCGCGCUCAGUUCAAGUCGAUCGGCCUCGAGACUUACGACGCUCUUAACCCUCCUCUGAUGGAUGCCAUCGCCAGCUGGACCGCCCAGAAGGCCAAGAUCUAAGGCUUUUUCUUUGUGUUCCACUAAUACGGGAGCUAUUGUGUUAACAAAAGUAUUGGGUUCGAGAUCGUGCAAGGCGGGUUGGUGUUUGCAAGCGGCGUGAGGUUGUUGAUUGCCCGGUCUAGGUGGCGAGUGUUGUAUUGUAUGGAACAAGUGGGAAAGAAAGGAAUGACCAAGAAGAGUCGGGCGAAGUUGACAAGAAAGGUUGCCACGGAUGGUGAGCACCGUAAAUGAAUGAAUUGAAGUCGAGGCAAUGGAUGGCUUUUACUGUCA